CCGCUAAAUACCCGGAUGCGCCGCCCGAGCGCCAGACGCGGAGCUGGGAAAAGGGAGGCAGAGGAGGCGGAGGCGGAGGCAGAGCCCGGCGCCGGGAGCCACCGACGGAGCGGCGGGGCUGGGCCACGCAGCGCCGGCCCGGCGAGUCCUCCCGCGACCCGAGCCGGGUCCCCGCGAGCCGCGCUGCGCGCUGGCCUGGGCGUCAGGGGCGCGAGAGCAGAUCCCGAGGCGGGCUUUCCUCGGCCUGCGACGAGGGCUGGCCCUUCGGAAGGCACCUUCCACAGCAGGAGUGGGCAGGCCACCAUGACCGAGAACUCCACGUCCACCCCCGCGGCCAAGCCCAAGCGGGCCAAGGCCUCCAAGAAGUCCACGGACCACCCCAAGUAUUCAGACAUGAUCGUGGCUGCCAUUCAGGCGGAGAAGAACCGCGCUGGCUCCUCGCGCCAGUCCAUCCAGAAGUACAUCAAGAGCCACUACAAGGUGGGUGAGAACGCCGACUCGCAGAUCAAGCUGUCCAUCAAGCGCCUGGUCACUACCGGAGUCCUCAAGCAGACCAAAGGGGUGGGCGCCUCGGGCUCCUUCCGGCUGGCCAAGAGCGACGAGCCCAAGAGGUCAGUGGCCUUCAAGAAGACAAAGAAGGAAGUCAAGAAGGUGGCUACGCCAAAGAAGGUAGCCAAGCCGAAGAAGGCUGCCUCUAAAGCCCCAAGCAAGAAGCCCAAAGCUGCCCCAGUCAAGAAGACCAAGAAGAAGCCGGCUGCCACGCCCAAGAAAACCAAAAAACCCAAGACUGUCAAAGCCAAGCCAGUCAAGGCCUCCAAACCCAAGAAGGCGAAACCAGUGAAGCCCAAAGCCAAGUCCAGUGCCAAGAGGGCCGGCAAGAAGAAGUGACAAUGAGGCUUUUCUUUGGACACUCCUGCCUGUCUCCUAUUUUCUGUAAAUACUGUUCUCCUUCUCUCUUGAUCCUCAUCUGCAACCCUUUGGCCCUUUCUGUUCUGACUUUUUAAGAGACAAUUUGGACUCUUCAGAAAUUAGGAAAUAAUUCAUUUUUCCUUAACCAGUCACGCAAGGACAGCAACAACCGAUCUCAUCUGUGUCAUGAUGAGAAUGUACUUAUGUUUUGUUUUGUUAAUUUGUUAUUAACCUACUUGUGGGGUUAGGGAUUUGGGGGCGUGUGUGUUUUGUUUAGUUGGAUGGUUUGGUCGCUAGGAAGGUAAAAGUGGGAGGAGAACGGGCAAAGCAACUUGUUCUGGCUAGAUGAGAGGGAGCCUGGGAAUCCUAAGGCUUGUAGGAGUAUCUUUAAGGCCAGCGAGCUUGCUUUGAGUUGAGCACCCCUUGUGAGUUUCAGGACCCUGAUGGGGAGGAGAGGAGAGGAGUGGCAGCCGCUGGGUGGCACAGGAGGGAGAUGGAAAAAUCUCUCUCUGGGCUGACUUCCACCUCCCAGUGGUGAGCAGUGGGGGGUCCAAAUCCAGUCUCCUCACUUCUGUUAGUCUGCCCCUGUGGCCUCCCUAUUGUCCUAAGGAAGGGGAGGGGGUAGAAGUGACAGCUGGCCCGAGAAGCGGUGGCUUUUCUCAGUCAGUUAGGAACCAGCUAUUGGGGGG